AAAAUUUACUUAGUUAUCGUUGUACCGUGAGGAGGGGAGGUCGUGCGAGUGGCGGCGCGGGCAUGUGUAAAUAAAGUAAAGCAGGGAUCGACUUAAUUGAUUUUGAUGCAUUGAAAAACGAGUUGCUCACUUUUAAGUCUGGUGGUAGUGGUGGUGCCUUGCGAGUGAUGAGUGCCGAGGAGAGAGGAGGAAUUGAGUGAGGAAGUGAGUGUUCGGGAGGAUCAGGAGGAAGAAGAGGAGGAGGAAGAGCUGCACACGCUGCCCUCAUAUGCAAUGUGAGGAAGCAGCGGCGUUCAUUAGGAAGGUGAUGAUGGACUGCUGGUGGGGACGAGGACGAGGCAAUUACCGAGGGCCGAGAUGAGCUGCCUUCGGGACGUACCUUGAGCCCUCACCGCCGCCCACGCCCGCCCCGCGUCCGCCCCCACCAUGGCUGCUGACAGCAGCUUGCCGGGGCGGCGCUUCCUGUGUCGCGAGUGGGCGUGGGCAAAGCUGUGGGCAUGCCUGGAGCAGAGGCCAGCCGCCAAGACCUGUGGAGCCCUGCUGGUAGGCGGCCCAGGCACUGGCAAAACUGCCCUCUGCACAGAGCUGGUGACCCCGUCUGCCUCCCAUGGCCGCCAUGCCUCAGCCCUCCAUGCCCGGCUGCUGGCCCACCACAUGUGCCAUGCCCACCUGGCUGCCUCCCUCAGUGUGGGCUGCUUUAUCCAGUCUCUGGUGCUUCAGUUGGAGACGUCACCGCUGUUGCCUGGCUAUAGCACUAAGACUGAGACUCCUGAGGUGUGUGCUGCCCUUGAGCCCCGCGCCCUCCACUCAAACCCUGAUGAGGCCUUCCGCCGCUCUAUUAUUUUCCCCCUGCUGGAACUGGACCAGCCAGACCGCACACUGCUGCUGGUGGUAGACAGCAUUGAUGAGACGGACCUGCAGGCUCCCCUGGCCACCAACCCACGGGAUGGCGGCUCAGUGGACACAGGCAACAAGGGUCCAUCACGCACCAUAGCUGAACUGCUGGCCACACACCACCACCUGCUGCCCCAGUGGCUGCUGCUGGUGGUCACUGCUCGCCGCACCUCACGCACCAUCAUCCGGCAGUUUGCUGGCUUCCGCAAGGUUGCCCUGGACGACCUGCGGCGUGGCCAUGUGGUGCGGGAUGUGCAGCAGUACAUCCUGUGCCGCCUGGACCGCGAACCAGCCCUCAGGCACCACCUGUCCCGGGAGACAGCAGAGAUGCUCAACCAACUGCAUAUCAAAAGCAACGGCUGCUUCCUGUAUCUGGAGCGCGUCCUUGAUGGUGUUGCCGAUGGUUGGGUGACACUACGUGAGAUCCGCCACAUUCCCGGCACUCUCAACGGCCUAUACCUGUGGCUGUGUCAGCGGCUGUACCCUCGCCGGCACUUCCAGCGUGUGGCACCGCUACUGGCUGUUAUUCUUGCUGCCCGUGCACCACUCACAUCAAAAGAGUUACGGGAAGCUGUUGAGACACGCUUCCCAUCACUCUCUGAUGAGGACUGGAACAAGCGGUGGUCUCUGCUGAUGCGGGUGCUGGCCCCUGAACAUGACCAGCAGGUGCUUCUGUUCCACCACAGCUUUGCCGAGUGGCUGCUAGACGUGAAGCACUGCACACAGAAGUAUCUGGUGGAUGUGGCUGAUGGGCAUGCCAUGCUGGCCAUGAGUCUCUCACUCAAAGCCCCAACUCUCUCCUUAAUGCAGGUCCACCAGCUGGCUCUCCACCUCUCCCGCAUGCACCUGGAGCCGCCCCUAGAGCAGCACCACUUACCCCUGUGGAUGGUGAUUUGUGGGGUUCCCCUCAACCUCUGUCAUGAUCUUCCUCCCCCCCGAGACCCUCGUGCCCUGAGAAUUCUGCAAGAGGCUGGUGCAGCCCUGCCAGAUGAUCAACCUCAGGAGGAAGAGGAUGAUGAUGAUGAUGAAGAUGAUGAUGAGGAGGAAGAUGAGGCUGAGGAAGGUGGGGAAGAUGAAGGACCUCCAACAGAAAUUCGUUAUGAGGAGUUAGAACAAGAAGAUGAAGAGGCCCAGGAUGACACACAUGAAUCUAAAAAGCUCCAGGAAGAAUGUCGCAAAGAAGGAUACGUGCCAGAUGAUGAAGCAAAAGCCAAGACUGAUGAAAUAGUGAGUGCAGUUGAUAACAUUAAGUUAGAGGAAGUUUGUAGUGCAGGGAAUGAGAAAGAUGAACAAGAAAAGAAAAUUGAGGCCGAAACAGAAGAAACAGGUGAAAAAGUAGACAAAGAGGAGAACGAAAAGGACGGAGAAUAUGUGACAAUGGUGCCCCUGCCAGGAGAGUUUGUUAAUGGCAGCUCAGUGGGCGGACGGAGCAUUGAUGGUGGCAUAGGCACCGGCAGCUGCCAAAGCACUGAUGGCAGGCAGAGCACUGGAGGCCGGCAGAGCACUGGCGGUCGGCAAAGCACUGGAGGCCGGCAGAGCACUGGGGGCCGGCACAGCAGCACUGGGGGGCGCCACAGCAGUGAGCACAGCAGUAGUAGUAGUCGGCGGCGGGAGCGGCGAAGACGGCGCCACCGUGAGGACCCCUUGUACCCAUACCUGCGGGGCGGACCAGUGGACCAGGUGGACAGCUCCGGCCGUUCCCUUCUGCACAGUGCAGCCCACCAGGGUGAUGCCUCCUUGGUGCGCCUCCUCCUGGAGCGAGGAGCUUUCCAUGGCCUUCAGGAUCGGGCUGGCCAGACACCUUUGAAUCUGGCAGCCCGUCAUGGUCAUGCUGAGGUGGUGGCCACGCUGCUGUCAGCUGGUGCUGACCCUGAUCAUGCUGAUGCCGAUGGCUGGACAGCUCUUAGGUCAGCAGCCUGGGGUGGACACAGCGGGGUGGUCAACGCACUGCUGAUUGGUGGUGCACAGGUAGACCUGGCAGAUGCUGAUGGCCGCACAGCACUGAGGGCCGCUGCUUGGGGCCAUGAGGAUGUGGUGGCUGCCCUCCUGCGCCAUGGAGCUGAUGUCAACCGGGCAGACAGUGAGGGACGCACACCCCUCAUUGCAGCAGCUUACAUGGGGCACUCAGAAAUUGUGGAAGCAUUGCUAGAGGCAGGUGCUGAUGUGAACCACGAGGACGUUGAUGGGAGGACGGCACUGAGUGUGGCAGCGCUGUGUGUGCCAGCCAGUGAGGGACACACCAGUGUGGUGACCACUCUUCUGGAGCUAGGCGCCAAGGUCGACCACCAGGAUCAUGAUGGUCUCACACCUCUCCUUGUAGCUGCCUUCGAAGGACACACGGAGGUCUGUGAAUUAUUGCUAGAAUAUGAAGGAGAUGUGGACCAUGUGGACCGUUCAGGCCGCACACCCUUGCUGGCAGCCGCCUCCAUGGGGCAUGCAGCCGUGGUGGAGCGACUCCUCUUCUGGGGAUGCUAUGUAGAUCACAUUGAUGCUGAAGGGCGCACAGUGUUGAGUGUGGCAGCAGCACAGGGCUCCCAGGAAACUGUGAGGUUACUGCUUGACAGAGGCCUAGAUGAAACUCACAGAGACAAUGCUGGUUGGACACCACUGCAUUAUGCUGCAUUUGAGGGCCACUGUGGUGUGUGUGAGGCCCUGCUUGAGGCAGGUGCCCGAGUCAAUGAAGUGGACAAUGAUGGGAAGCAUGCCCUGGUGCUGGCAGCCCAGGAAGGCCACACAGCUGUCGUGGCUGCACUGCUGGACGCUGGAGCAAAUAUUGACCACACCAGCCAUGACGGGCGGUCUGCCCUCCGUGUGGCAGCCUUAGAGGGACACAAGGAUGUUGUUCAUCUCCUCUUGUGUCGAGGAGCUGAUCUCCAUUAUAAAGAUGCCGAUGGUCGCUCAACACUCUAUCUCUUGGCACUGGAAAAUAGACUUGAGAUGGCAAAGUUUUUGAUGGAAAAUAAUGCAGAUGUAGAAAGUACAGAUUUGGAGGGACGCACUCCUCUGCACGUCACAGCCUGGCAGGGCCACACCUGCAUGGUGGCUCUCCUUCUGGAUGGUGGCGCCCAUGUUGAUGCAGUGGACAAGGAACGCAGGACACCCCUGCAGAGUGCUGCCUGGCAGGGUCAUGCAGAAGUAGUCAGAUUAUUACUGGAGAGAGGUGCCACAGUUGACCACACUUGCUCACAGGGAGCAACAGCACUAAGUAUAGCAGCACAAGAGGGCCACGAGGACAGUGUUGCAGCUCUCCUGCAGUAUGGUGCUAACCCAGCACACUCAGACCGAUGUGGUCGCACUGCAAUCAAGGUGGCCUUAAAGGGUGGCCACAUACAUCUUGCCCGUAUGCUGGAGGAGAGCAUGGUCAUGCAGCAGCAGCAGCAGCAGGGAGGUGUUUCCCGCUUGGCAGCAUCCUCAAUGGGCUCGAGUUCCACAACAGACACAAAGCCUUGCUCAGCCAUGUUGUGCCCGGGCCUGGCCGCCUCACCUGCCGAGAGUCCAGAGUCAACCUUUGAGAAGCGUCGGUCAGUUGCCUCUCUGGGACAGCAUUCUUCUUCCAAAUCAUCUGGGAAUCUCACCACCUCCACCCGUUCCUCAGGCGGCCCUAGGGCUCCUACGCCCCGUGAGGCCCACCUCCUGCAGCACCAACAGCAGCCCCUGCCACCACCUGCACCGUCAGCACCGCCAGUGUCGGCCAUGUCUCCAAUUCUAAGUUUCACUCAGCAGCUCCAGCAGUGUGGCCGUGGCAGAGGCCGCCGCCACCCACCACCACCACCCCAGCCAGCCCUCACCCCUCUGGACGAGCCAGCAUCACCAAUCUACGCUUCUCCACCACUGUCACCACUUAGUGAUGGUCCUGGUGGAGGGAGGAACCUACAUUCACUUGCAGUUUUAGAAGAUGAUUACACAGUUCCUUUGCAGCACCCAGCAGUGCGUGCACCAAGACCCUCAGCACCACCUGUCAGCAUCCCUGCCGAGGUUGGGCGUCGAUCUGGAGGAGGAGGAGGAGGAGGCGGAGGUGGCGGAAGAGGAGGAAGUGGUGGAGUUCCCGGCCUGGAGAACAUACCCAAUGUGGGAGCCAAUGUUCCAGGAGUCACUGGGGCAGGGUCACCGGGCUCCUCUGGGUUCACCUUCACCCAAGACCAGCACAUGCGCAUCAUUCUGGGUACCCGUUCCCCCGAGCCACGGCCGCGUCGCAAUGGCAUCGUCACCAACCCAAGCCUUAAGGCCGCCCAUGCCAAGGCCGCCCACCUGCUCAGGAAUGGUCUCAGUGGCCGACCCAGACCACCGCCAGCCAGACCCAAUGGCUUGCCACUCAAGAAGGAAACCCCACUAUGACCAAAGAUUAACACAGACUGUAGUGAGCCUCUACUGUGGCACCAAGGGGACAACUGAAUGUUAUCAUUAUACACAUGGGAAUGGAGGAAAGAGGACAAGGAUUCUUUGUUGUCAAAUGUGGAUCCUGCCAGUUGCCGUCAUCACACAAGCAAGCUGCUGAACAGAAGGUACAUAGUUAUAGAUGGGCUGUACCUUGAAGUAUUACAAGAACAACAAAGUAUCAAUGAAUGAUGAAGUACCAGAUCAAUAUGAAAUGCAAUGGAAAGCAGACUUGAUGGUGAAAUCAUCUUGUGUGAAAUUCACACAAGAUACCAAGCCUUCUCAGAGUUAUGGAAAUUGAAUGUCACUCAAAAAACUUAUGUGUAGUUCCUGUUUUUUUUCAGCAAGCAGUAGUUUGCACUCUACACAUGAGUGCAUUCAAACCAGUCUAUUGCAUGAAUGUCAGAUUUUCAUGCUGUAUUCAUAUGAUUAUGUAUCUUUUUUAUGAUGUCAAAAUAUAUUUUUUAUAUGCAUCAUCUAUUUCUUAUAUUUUAUCAUUCAGCGCUAAAAGUUGUUCAUGGAGCAGAUCCUUAUACAAGUGUAUUUUAUUACCGUCCCAGGUGCCAAGUGGUGACAUUGCUCACAGCAGUGUUGAUGGUGAGCUGAGAUGCAACACCAGGUCUCCUGACAGCCUGUGUGAGAGUUUGAAAAGGAGUGCAGUGCUUAUUUCUCAACAAUAUGAAUACUUAUAAACAGGAGUUUUUCCCUUUAAAGCACAAAUUGAUUAUUGGUUAGAAACAAUAGGGAUGUGAUAUUUUUCUUCUUUUAGAGCACAAAUUUGUUGAUGCAGUGUUAUGAGCUGUGAGAAACAGUAAAAUAAUUGAUCUUUUAACUAGUGUUCAGAUGUAAUGAGUGUUCCUCAUGGUAAUUUCAUGAAAGGUAUGAGACACAUGAGAAUAACAGUAAGGCAUUCACUAAUACUGCUUGUUACUAUUAGAACAUAACAAGCAUAUUUUAAUUUGCCAGUUUUGGUUAGACAGUUUUAGGUACAACUGUUGAAACUUUUUUAUCUAUGAAGGAAAAAUUAGUUGAUACUGAAUUACAAAACUGAGUGUCAUCUUAUCCAUGACAGUUAAAACAAAAGAACGUGGCAAUUUUUUGUAUAUUGAAAAGCUCUGGUAAAAUGGAUUGUGUAUUCCUAAUGUAUUACCAGAUCAUAUUAAUGGUGGUGCCUGUGAGAGCUUAUAAUUAGCACAGAUAUUCUUAUUUUCAGUGUACCAUCACAUCAUAUUAAUGGUGAUGCUUGUUGGAGUUUAUAAGUAGCUUUUUUUUUUUUUUUUUUUUUUUUUUUUUUUUUUUUUUUUUUUCUCUCUCUCCCUCCCUCCCAGUGUAUCUCUUAAAAGCCUUGCAGAAGAUGCUGCAAACUCUCACACAAGCAGAUCGGGUUUGCUGCAUAGGUGUUGUAUUCUAGUGUACAUAGAACUGACUGAACUAGUCUCGUAGCUUGGAUGUCAUGUAAUGCUCAUGUCCAGAUGUAAAUAUUGCCUUCUUGCACAUGUACAGAUGAAUCAUGUAAAUCUACCACCAUUAUAAUGUGAGAUGUGAUGAUGUACAUCUACUCGUGCCCCGCGUCAUACUGGCCCCUUAUCAUCUUUGUUGACUCCCAGUGUACAGUUUGGGAGUCUUCUUAUUGUUUGGUGUCUAUGUCAGUGCUGGUGACCCGCCUCAUAACAGAUUGUGUAUUGGAGGGAAUCACACCUUUCUACUACUCUAUUGUGGCUGCUUACAGGUUAUACACAGUUUUGAUAACUCCUGCUGCCAAUAACUUUUAUGUCAAAAUAUAAGCAUAUGUUUGGUAUAUCAAAAAAUGUUUCAUUACCUGAAGUUUAUGGUAAGUGUGGUAUGCACAUCAAUAACAAACAUUUUAGCAAAUUUUUGUAUGUACUCAAUGUCAAAAGUAAGGCAUCAUAUAAUUCCCAAUACAGGUAUUGUAAAGAUGUUCUGAAAAUACGUACUACUCGUGUAAUGGAUCUCAUGUGAUGGUGAGGGAAACUAUUUGUGGGUUCUGCUAUGAAAAUAUAAAUUAUUGUAGUUGUAGUUAUACUAAAAUCACAUACUAUAUGUACUCAAGAAUAUUUUCAACCUUGGAGAUUUGUAAGAGGAAUGUAACGAACGAAAGGUUAGAAUGUCGCUCAUAAAAUUACCGAUGGUUAGGGACGGAGUGAUCAGCUUUAUUAUACCAUUGGUUUGAUUCUUCCAAAUCAUGUCAUUAUGUUUAGCCAAUGGAGCUGAGCAAAUUUUGCAGCUAGGCAUGUAGUGUUUCAUAUAUAGAAUAUCAUUUACUUAGCCAUUCAUUCCAUGUGUGUAUCAUAGAGUAUAAUUAAAUGUGGUCUGGGUUCUAAAGUGAAAUAUUGAAGCAGUCCACUUUAGUAAGUCACACAAAUCUUAAGUUGCUUCAGUGUAUUAGACAUACUUUUUAAUUUAAUUUUAUAUGGAUAACUUUUUAAUUUAAUUUUAUAUGGAUACAGUUGUAAGGAUAGGAAGGCAUCAAACCAUAUAACAUGACUUAAAAUUAGCUUUAUGUUAUACUAUGUCAUGUCAUGUCAUGAUAAAUAAUAUUAAUAUGGUAUACUGUAUCCAUAUUUGCUCUCAUAAGUUAUUUAUUUUUCAUUGUGUAUUGGUUUUAUCCAUUAUUUAUGCUUGGAAAUUACAUAUAUGAUUUUUUUUCUUUUUUUUUUCCGCUAAAUCAAAAAAGUUCACAUUAGUAUCAUCAGUUUGACACCAAUGCUUCUAUACAUAAAAGACAGUGGACAAGUGAGAUGAUUGGAUGGUGUCAAGGCAUUAGGUGGCAGUCGUAAUUUAUGGCAUUUAUGGAGGGAGCCAAGAGAGAGGUGUAGGUCACAAUAAUACUUUAGUGUUUGGGGCACUAAGGCUCCAGACAAACUAUUGAGCUCUUUGCAGUUUUUUCUUUGAAUGAUGGUGUUGUGUUUUCAUUGUCAUACUGUGUCAAGAAAAGUUGCAGAUGAACACAUUGAUGAAUUGUUGUAAUAGAAAUGCUCUGUGAAUGCACUAUUAGGCAUUUAUCCAUUUGAAUACUGUUUAUAUACUUAAUUGUUGGAAUACCCUUGAAAGAAGUGGAUGGUUUCUAGUAUUGGGAGUCUUAACAAAGUAUCAGACACUAAUGAUUCCAUGCAUCCUCCACUCACUUGGAAAUUUUUCUUUAGAUUGACAUUUGUUUUCAUUUCAUAAAUAUGUUUUUCCUUUGUGACACCAGCAGUUUUUUAAACUUGUGAGGUGUCACUCCUACUUUUGAUAUACAUUGCAUAUUAAACUUUCCUUUAUCCGAACAUUCCAGCUAUUUUAACAUGCCUGACAUUUGUAUUUGCAUGCAGUCCUCAGCAGUGUAGAAUGUGACUGUCACAUUUUUCUGUAUCACUGCAUUAAAUGUGAAGAGUUAUCUUUUUUACAAAAUUCAGGUAUGUAUUGAAACUUAGAAAUGCUCCCUGAAGUUAUAUUUUUUAUACAUUUCUGAAUAUUUUCAUAUAAAAGAUGUGUGAAAUACUGAUUUAGGAAUGGUUUCUUGAUGCUACUUGUUUGAUCAAGCCCUCCUUGAUCAGUGAUGGAAGUCAUCAAACUUUUGCUCAGAGAAAGAAAUUUGCCAUAUCUGUGAUUGAAGUAACUGCAAAUCAUCUAUAUCUUGAUGAGGUGGAACAUAUUAGGCUCCUUGUUCUUGUUGACAUUUAGAAAUGUUACUUAUUGAAGUACCUUUCUCUCAGUUGCCUCCCAUCACAGCUAAAUGACAGUAAGAUCUUCAAAUCUUAUAAUUGUAUGUUUGUGCACAGGCGUACAGAGAAGAGAUAAGAUAUCAGCACUGCAGCCAAAGCUUGUGACUUACUGUGACACUUAUUCAUGUGGAUGGGAACAUUCCAAACUUGAUUAUAAAUAUUUCUCUGAUUUUUUCCAUUCUAAUCACAUAAAAUUUUCUCAAUAAAUAACAAGAUUACCUUUAUAUUAAGUCACAAUACAAUAGUUAUGCUAAAAGAGGAAGGCUUGUUACAUUUCAUAAUUGUACACUCUAUUUGGCCCGAUAGAUAUGAAUACCAUGCUGUUCGGAUAGAGGAUUCACACACACACACACACACACACAACACACGCACAUUAAUUGUUUAGUAUUUAAUUUGAAUACAGUUUCAAAAUGGUAUUAAUUAUAUACUCGUAUUUUAUACAUACAAGUACAAUGCCAAGCAUUAGAGUAUACCUUUGAUAUUCUCUCUCUCUCUCUCUCUCUCUCUCUCUCUCUCUCUCUCUCUCUCUCUCUCUCUCUCUCUCUCUCUCUCUCUCUCUCUCUCUCUCUCUCUCUCUCUCUCUCUCUCUCUCUCUCUCUCUCUCUCUCUCUCUCUCUCUCUCUCUCUCUCUCUCUCUCUCUCUCUCUCUCUCUCUCUCUCUCUCUCUCUCUCUCUCUCUCUCUCUCUCUCUCUCUCUCUCUCUCUCUCUCUCUCUCUCUCUCUCUCUCUCUCUCUCUCUCUCUCUCUCUCUCUGCUUUGGUUUCCUGAUCUAGUCAUUGUUCUUCAUUCUAAUUAAGAGUUGACAUUUUAUAGUUCCUCAAAUUUUUGUUAUGUAUUGGGUUCUUGACCAGAUUUUAUCUCAAGUUCCCCAGGUGAGUGGCUGUACAGAGUGGAUGACCAGACUGUAAAACCCUUCGGAGUCUGUUUAAUUCAAGAAUAGAACUGCACAUGUUAGGAAUUUCCUGAACUGAGUGAUGUAUGACCAAUAGGCUUCAUAAUACGUAACCUACUUCUGGCAGUGAUGCAGCAAUGCCUUGGCAGUGCCAGAUCUUAGAAUUUAUCCCAUUGCCAGUGUAAGUGAAACAUUGUUGUCUCAAACAGAGCAGGUAACAAACAAUCUGAUGCAUGAGGACAGGUUAACAGUAUUGUACAUUGUAAACAACUAUUAUGUGUGGCAGCAGUGCGAAUUAUAAGUAUUUUAGUAACUUAUUUUAGGUAAUUUUAUCACCAAAAUGAAUAGAUAAGUUGCUUUGCUGUAUAGGUAAACAUGUUAAUCGUGUCUCAUCAUGUUCACUGCUAACAAUUUAUGUGGACAGUAUAAUUUUACUUUGUUCUAUACACACAAUAAAUGAUCACAUCUG